AUUGCAGAACACUUUCAUCCUAAUUCCAAUCCCAAGCGAGAAAAAAUGGCUGAUGCUGCUGUUAGUGCUACUAUUCAGGUUGCAUUGCAGUCGGUUGUUUCCCUUGCCGCUGAUCAUGUUAAUCUGGUUCGUGAAUUCCCAACGGAGCUGGAGAGACUCAACAAAUCUGCUGAAAUGAUUCGAGGCUUCUUGGCUGGUGCCGACGAGCAAAUGCAUAGCUCAGACGUGAAAAUUUGGCUCAAGCAGCUGGAAGAAGAGGUUUUCAAAGCUGACAAUGUGCUGGACGAGCUCAACUGUGAAAAUCUUCGUCGGAAGGUGAAGUAUCGAAAUCAACUCACGAAAAAGAAGGUAUUCUUCUGCUUUUCAUUCUUUAAUAAAAUUGGUUUUCGUUGGAGGUUGGGUUCAAUGAUCAGGGAGAUCAACACGAACCUUCAAAGGAUCCAUCGGGAUGCAGAAGGUUUGGGACUGGCCUACAAGCACCAAGUUGAAGAUGCAUUCCCUACUAUUGCUUCUGGAGCCACAACAAGCCGACAGACCGACUCUACUAUCGUUCGAGGAGAUGUCCUAGGAAGAGACGAGGAUGAAUCAGAAAUAGUUAAGAAGUUGUUGACCGAAUCUGAAAGUGUUAUUUCAGUUAUUCCCAUAACUGGCAUGGGUGGAUUAGGCAAAACAACUCUAGCUAAAGCCGUUUACAAAAAUGAACAAAUUGUUGGACAUUUUGACAAAAAAAUUUGGGUUUGUGUGGCUGAAGAAGUAGAUAAAAUCGAGAAGGUCUUCAAAAUGAUUCUUGAAUCGUUAACAGGAGGAAAGGUUGAAGGGGAUCGUAGGGAGGUUAUAGUUCAAAAAAUUCAAGAUGAACUCAAGGCAAAAAGAUAUUUCCUUGUUCUUGAUGAUUUGUGGAAUGAUCAAGAAGUAUUGUUGAAUGACUUUUUCAGCACUUUGGCGGGACUCAAUGCGAAGAAAGGGAGCUGGUGUCUUGUUACCACUCGUCUGCAAGAAGUGGCAAUUAUUCUGUCUAGACAUCCGCAGAUCAAUUUUACUCGCCAUGAGCUAGGAAAGCUCUGCAAUGAUGAUUGCUGGUCUAUCAUUAAAAAAUGGGCAACUUUAGGGGAAGAAGUACCAAAAGAAUUGGAAGACAUGAGGCACCAAGUUUUAAGAAGAUGUGACGGUCUACCUCUGGCAGCAAAGUUAAUCGGAGGUUUGUUAUCUAAAAAGAGAAAAGAGGAGUGGCCAUCUAUUUUGGAGGAGAGUCUCUUGAAUGGAGAUCAGGGUGGGAUCGAGCAAAUAAUUAAGGUGAGUUUUGAUCAUCUGUCACCUGUACCGGUUAAGAAAUGUUUUGCAUAUUGCUCAAUUUUCCACCAAGAUACUAGAUUGGAACAAGAUCGACUAGUUGAGCUUUGGAUGGCUGAAGGCUUUCUUCAACCGGAUUCCCAAAAUGAAAGAAUGAUGGAGAAAAUAGGAUAUGAGUAUUUGAGAAUUUUGCUGCAAACUUCCUUAUUGGAAGAAGUAAAAAAUGAGUGGGGAACAUGGUAUAAAAUGCAUGACCUUGUGCAUGAUUUUGCAAAAUCAAUUUUGAAUCGUAACGGUAGCAAUCAGGACCGUUACCUUGCGGUAUACUCACCCGAAAGAAUCAAUGAAAAAGCAUCAGCAUCACUUCGCACAUUAUUUCUGAAGGGUGGCAUAGCUGAUGAUAUGUUAUCAAAGUUCAAACACUUACAUGUCCUAAAAUUGUUUGGAGCAGAUGUCAAAGCGUUGCCGACCUCCAUUGGCAAACUAAUACAUUUACACUUACUUGACAUUUCAGGUUCUAGGAUUAGAACUUUGCCAGAAUCUCUUUGCAAACUUUAUAGUUUGCAAACACUGAGAAUUGGCAUGCUUGUAGACGGUUUUCCAAAGGAGAUGAGCAAUUUGAUUAGCAUGAGACAUCUUCACUAUGAUGAUGAUACAGGAUGCGAUGAUGAUGAUGAUGAUGAUGAUGAUGAUGAUACAGGACGUGAAAUCCAAAUGCCAUCCGGGAUUGGACGAUGGACUUGUCUUCAAACGUUAGAGUUCUUUAACAUAGGUCGUCAAGAGGAAGGUCGUGGUAUCCAAGAACUUGGAACCUUGCAAGAUCUUAGAGGCUCCUUGGAGAUCAGAAAUCUUGAAUUAGUAAAUGGCAAAGAUGAUGCUGAACUAGCGAACCUAUCUAAAAAGCCAAAUAUGUAUCGGUUGGUAUUUGAGUGGGGCAAUAGGGAUCGAGAAAGUGAUAAUUGUGAUGAAGAUGUGUUGGAAGGCCUCCAACCUCACCCAAAUUUAAAAGAGUUACAAAUUUUGAAGUUCAUGGGUGAUCAGUUUCCACAAUGGUUCAUGAAUUUGACAUUGACAUCACUGGUGGAGUUGCGGGUGGAGGAGUGCACAAGAUGCAGAAAGCUCCCUGCGCUAGGACAGCUGCCAUUCCUCAAGCGCCUCUAUCUGACUAGAUUGAAAAACACAACAUGCAUUGGGCUUUCAUUCUACAGUACAAGUGCUGAGGAGGACGGCGGAUCAGGAGGUUCAAGCACUAUUAGCAGACAAACAUUCUUUCCAGCCCUUAAAAUUCUCUGGCUUAAAGGCAUGAAAAAUUUGGAAGAGUGGAAGGACGCACACGAAAUGAUGUCAACCGCAGGUGAAGUACAUGUGAUGGAUGUGUUUCCCGUGCUGGAAAAGUUGUAUAUUUGGGGUUGCCCCCAACUGACCACCAUUCCAACUCCAAGUCGUUUCCCAAGUCUUGAUGUAUUGGAAAUAAAAAGGAAUUGCCAUGUUUUGGUGGCAGAAAAGGUUUUGAGCAAUAUAACCAAUCUCUCGUCCCUUGACUUAAGGGGUGACUUAUGGGAUCGUGGUGGUCAAUGCAUCAAGUCUCUAAAAUUAGUGAAACGACCAGAGAGCAGCUUGAGUAUUGAUGGCUGUCACAGUCUACCCACUGACAUGCUUGAGCGACUCUGUCUUUUUCCAACUCUUCAGCAUGUAGAAUUGAUGUCUGCCCAUAAUAUAACAACAUUAAGAAGAAUGAGUUGCGCCGCUUGUCUUAAGAGAUUGACAGUCACUUUUUGUGAGAAUUUACGGGAGUUGCCAGAAGAUCUUUAUCAAUUUCAAACUUUAGAGGACUUGGAGAUACAGGGUUGCUCGAGAAUUAAAUCAUUUGGACAUCCAAAUCCUAAAAAUUCAUUUGGACAGAGAGGCCUCCUUAAGUCUCUUAAGCGAUUUACUAUCGAUGAGUGCGAUGAAUUAACAAGAUUACCAGCGGAGAUGUUCGAGUCCUGUACGUCUCUCCGAAAGCUGACAUUGUUCAAGUGCCGCAGUCUGGUCUCCUUUCCCCUUGAUUUGCGACGAACCCCUUCUCUCGUGAGCUUCUCGUUAUGUGGGUGUCCCAACUGGAUUGCUGAGAUGCCUAGUGGAUUUGGCUAUCUUACCAGCUUAAGGGAAGUGUCGAUUGGUCCCUUCUCAGAUUACUCAGUAAUCGAAUUUGAUUGGGCUGGAUUAGCAUCUUCAUCAACACUCCGGCACGUGUAUUUGUAUGGGAUGCGUGACACGAAAUCUCUGCCACACCAGCUUCAAUGCUUGACUACCAUCACAUCACUAUCUCUACGUUACUUCGGAGCAAUCGAGGCCUUACCAGAUUGGCUUGGGAAUUUUGCGUCUCUUGAUGAGCUAAUUCUGUUGGGUUGCCCAAAGCUUGAAUAUUUACCCUCCUUAGAUGCCAUGGAACGCCUCAAAUUAAGACGUCUGGAAAUUAGUUAUUGUCCACUAUUAAAACGAAGAUGCACUCCUCAAAGCGGCUCCGAGUGUCCAAAGAUCUCUAAUAUUCCAAAACUUGAAAUUUGAUUAAAAGUCAUCUUUCUGAGCCAUCGGAUGCCAUAACAUUAUGGCAUUGUAGGCCACAAGUGUCAGUGAAGCAGCAAGCAGUGAUAGUGCCGAAAACAUUGCGAAAGGCUCAAAAGUGUGCUCGAGGCAAAGUCAGCCUGGAACCUCUAAAGCAUCUUAUUGCACUUUUCACAUUCUCCAACUGCAACAUUAAGCUGUGGUUUCCAAUCAUUUUUGAAGAAAGAUGAGGAGAAUUUGUUUAGGAAGUAGAGAUCAUGCUUUUUGGACAAAGAACACCAAGGUUCUCGUGUUGUUCUUAUGAGAAUGUCAAGAGGGAGGAGUUAUUUUCACUUAUCAGUCAGUUUUUGAAGAUGGAAGGUAGUUAUCUGUGAUUUUUCCCACCAGAAUGCCAUAUAUUGCUCAGAAUGUGGAAAUGAAGCAUGCUGAAAACAGAGUGGCUUGUGCCAGGCUUGUAGAAAGUAGUAUGGAUUGAGAAGAAUUAGAGAAGAGCAUGGUAGUUGGUACUGGAGAGCUAUCAAGGUACAAGACUUGCUUGAAGAAAACUGGACGUGUUAAUACUUUAGUUCCAUAGGUGACAAGAUUUGAUGGAAAGAAGUUAGACAUUGUAGACAGCAUUGGUGAUCGUUUGGAUGACAUAAACGAAGCAUGCGAUUGCAGUGUCAGUCGUUCAUUUGGAUGGAAUCAGUUCAAAGUUUUGGUGCUGCAAUUGCAGCGGCAAAAAUUUCUACAUUCUCGUUCAAAGGUUCCCGCCAGAUCUUGCAAGGCCUUUGUAAAUUGGACAAUAGGUUAUACCUUUCUGCUCAAGAACAAGAGACACUCAUUAUACAACUGUGCUAACAGUUAGUCAUUCCAGUGGUUUCCAAGCAAAAAUGUAUGGAUGUUGAUGUGGUAGACAAUUGUUCUCUUAAGGAGUGAAGAUCAGUCUUCUAGAAAGCAAUAUGUGACAGAGUAAAUGAAGAGGAAGCAGACAUCAUCUUGUUGGAAAAAGAAGAACAUGGUUCCCUGUCGUUUUUGUGAGAAUGUCAAAAGGAAGAAAUUACUGUCACUCGGCAGGCAAGUUUCGCAGAUGAAGAUGGUCAUCAAUUAUAGUUAUUUUGCUCAUUAAUUUGCACUAGCAUUGAUGGAGGCUUCUCAAACACCACGUAGAAAAACUGAAAGUGUUAUGUUCUGUAGUGCUCGGAAUGCAGAAAUGAAGAAGAAGAGAAGAUUUGGUGAUGGAAGCUAGAUGUUGAAGAUAGCAGUAACAGUCAUCUGGAAAGCAAAAGCAAAAGCAAAAGCAAAGCAUGUAGUGGGAUGGAAGAAAUUCAAAGAUUAUGUGCUGCAAGAAUAUGUAUUCACAUGCAAGGGUUUCUAAGUCCUCGUUCAAAGGUUCAAUGAAGCACUGCCGCUAGAUCAUGCAAUGCCUUUCUGAAUUGGACAAUGGACUAUACCUUUCCACCCAAAAAUAAGAGAGAUUCAUGAUGCACUUGUGCUAACAGUUGAUUAUUCCGGGUGUCCAACCUAGCUAGGUGUUGAAUUUGUCAAGGAAGCAGCAGCUUUCGAGUUAAAGUGUAUGAAUGCAGUCUCGAUGGAUUAAAGGUUUACUUUGUUUCUCUCAAAGUUGGCAUGUCUUUCACACACAUAUGCGACCUUUCAUGUAUUUUGCAGGUUUCUUCUGAUCUGAUUUGCUUGAGACAAAGGAAAGCAUAUGAAGGAACCAUUUAGCUGGCAUGGCUGAGACCUGUAGCCAAUUUGGUUGAUCUUGGUUCCAGUUUAAGCUGUCUGGAUUGCUCUUUGUCAAUCUCAUGAAUAUGGAUCUCAUAUCAAUGGAAGCAUUGAAAGUAUGAAGAUGAGACGGCAAGAAUACCAGUAGCUAGCUGUUGGAUUGUAGGCAUGUAAAAAGUCUUUACUAUACUAAAAUUGUCACCCAGAUAGCUGGCUAGAAUGCAUAUAUAUAUUACUCUAGCUUGGCCUACAGAGAGAUAAGAUUUGAGGUUUUAAUGUGACCUAGAGCUUUCAGCUUUUGAACUACUUAAUUGACCAUGCUUUGGGGAGUUUGAUUUAGGUUUCAA